GGAUGGGUCUUUGACAUGUGACUCCGACUGCUUCUCUUGCACUAGUCAUGUGACCGAUGUUCCAUUGACAGAGUUAAACAUGUCUACCUAUCAGCAGUGGCGGAAAUUUGUUUUCUUUGAUAAGGAGCUGGUGAAGGACCCUACUGUAGAUGGGGCACAACCGUUCUCUUUGCCAGCUAGUAUCUCGGCGUGUGAUGCGGGCAAGGGCCAUAUGGUUCUUGGAGAUAUGGAUGGAAGAAUCUGGUUUGUGACACGUCCUUUUCAACUGAGCUCCUUUCAAGCUUAUAAAAGCCUUGUGACCCACCUGUACCAACUCAAGCAGCACAGUAUCCUGGUUUCAGUUGGCAAGGAUGAAAAUGAUAUUAACCCCCUGGUAAAAGUCUGGAAUCUUGACAAGCGGGACAGUGGAAGUCCAUUAUGCACUCGUAUUUUUUCUGCAAUACCAGGGAACAGACCAACUGAAGUGUCUUGCCUAACUGUCCAUGAAAAUCUGAACUUUAUGGCUAUAGGUUUUGCAGAUGGCAGUGUUGUGCUACUCAAAGGGGAUAUCACACGUGACAGGCACAGCAAGACUCAGGUCCUCCAUGAAGGUGUGUACCCAGUAACAGGUCUUGCAUUCCGACAGGCUGGAAAAACCACACACCUCUUUAUUGCCACCACAGGAAAUGUACAGUCCUAUAACCUUUCAGUGAAAGAUUAUCAACGAGUGGAUUUGGCAAAUUCCGGCUGUAGUCUUCGUUGCUCUGCGAUAUCUGAUCCUUCUCAGGACACACAGUUCAUUGUUGCAGGAGAUGAGUGUGUGUACUUGUAUCAGCCAGAUGAUCAUGGUCCGUGCUUUGCUUUUGAAGGGAAGAAAUUCAUUACACACUGGUAUAGAGGUUAUUUGAUAAUGGUUACAAAGGAAAAGAAGUCUCCUGGUGUUGACAGAGAAGACACCUUCAAACAUGAGCUGACCAUCUAUGACCUCGAUAACAAGCUCAUUGCAUACAGUGCUACAUUUGAUUACAUCACUGAUGUGCUGGCAGAAUGGGGGUCCCUUUAUGUACUUACUGGAGACCAGAAACUCUGUGUCCUGCAAGAAAAGGAUACACAGACAAAGCUUGAGAUGCUGUUUAAAAAGAACUUGUUUAUGAUGGCUAUUAAUCUGGCAAAGAGUCAACAUCUGGACAGCGAUGGUCUUUCAGAAAUAUUCAGACAGUAUGGUGAUCACCUUUACAAUAAGAGUGACCAUGAUGGUGCAAUCCAGCAGUAUAUAUGCACCAUUGGCAAGCUUGAGCCUUCCUAUGUGAUUCGUAAGUUCCUUGAUGCUCAGAGGAUCCACAACUUAACUGCAUACUUGCAGGCUUUGCACCAGCACUCUCUUGCCAAUGCUGACCACACCACACUCCUACUGAACUGCUACACAAAACUGAAAGACAGCUCCAAACUGGAAGAAUUCAUUAAGACUAGUGUAAGUGAAGUACAUUUUGAAGUAGAAACUGCUAUAAAGGUGCUUCGUCAAGCAGGAUAUUACUCCCAUGCAGUAUACCUGGCAGAAAAGCAUUCCCACCAUGAAUGGUACCUGAAAAUACAGCUAGAGGAUAUCAAGAAUUAUCAGGAGGCCCUGCAUUACAUUGGCAAGCUACCUUUCAGUGAGGCGGAAAGUAACAUGAAGAAAUAUGGCAAGACGCUGAUGCAUCAUGUGCCUACUGAAACAACCAAGCUUCUAAAAGCCCUGUGUACCAGUUAUUGCCCUAGUGGGGAAUUUCCUGGGGGGCGAGAUAUUUCUGGAGCGGAUGAGCAGAAAAGGGCAAAUUCUGAGGAGUUCAUUCCAAUUUUUGCCAACAACCCUCGCGAGCUGAAGGCUUUCCUGGAACAUAUGAUUGAUGUGCAGCCUAACUCUCCACAAGGGACAUAUGACACAUUACUAGAACUUCACCUCCAGGACUGGGCACAUGAGCAAGACCCUCAGAAAAAGAAGAAGCUGCAACAGGAAGCAAUCUCCCUUCUUAAGAGUGGGAACUUCCGUGAUGUGUUUGAUAAGGCCCUGGUCCUCUGUCAGAUGCACAACUUCAAAGAUGGAGUCUUGUACCUUUAUGAACAGGGGCAACUUUUCCAACAGAUAAUGCAUUACCACAUGCAGAAUGAGGAGUACAGCAAGGUGAUCGAGGCAUGUGAACGCUAUGGUGAUCGGGAGAUAUGCUUGUGGGAACAAGCCCUCAGCUAUUUUGCCAGGAAGGAAGAGGACUGCAAAGAGUAUAUCACAGCUGUGCUGAAGCACAUUGAGCAGAAUAACCUCAUGCCACCACUUUUGGUUGUUCAGACUCUGGCACACAACUCUACAGCUACACUGUCUGUUGUUAAGGAUUACCUCAUUAGCAAACUGCAGCAGCAGAGUAACCAAGUAGAUCAGGAUGAGAGGAAAAUCAGGCAGUACCGUGAGGACACAAAUAAAAUCCGGCAAGAGAUUGAGGAACUCAAAACCAGUGCAAAGAUUUUUCAGAAGACAAAAUGCAGCAUCUGCAAUCAUGCUCUGGAAAUCCCAUCAGUUCACUUUCUUUGUGGACACUCCUUUCACCAGCACUGCUUUGAAAGUUAUUCUGAGAAUGACUCAGAGUGUCCCACCUGUAUGCCAGAGAAUCGCAAAGUUAUGGAUAUGAUCAGAGUGCAGGAACAGAAACGAGACUUGCAUGACCAGUUUCAACAUCAGUUGAAAUGCUCAAAGGAUGGCUUCUCUGUCAUUGCUGAUUAUUUUGGCCGUGGUGUAUUUAACAAACUAACACUGAUUACGGAUCCCCCUGGUGGAAAGAUGCCUACAGCCAGUAUUGAUAUGGGUCUGCAAAGGGAUCUGCUCAUGCACAGCAAACGUAACUUAUGAAAACUGCUGGAGUGAACAUCUCAGCAAUUAACUACAUGCACUGUGGAAAGGUUUCCUAUAACAAGAUUUACAAGAAGGCUGGGAAAUGUAGGAGUGCUGUAGUCUGCCACAUGAUCUGUAUUCAUAGGCAGGCUAGAAAGUAAAAUGUAUUUAUAAACUUUGAACUUAUUCCUGAAAGCAGACUAUAAGGCUAACAUCUCAGAUGGUACAGGUUGAAUUAAGCCUUCCACAUGCCAUGUAGGCAAAUGGGAGGAAGGAGAACCGUCACAGGUGUGAAGACUGUGGCUUACGGUAAACAAAAUGUUUGUAGGCAUUUGUUUUCUGGAUAAGUCGAAGCAAGUAUAAUUCAGCACUAAAAACUGUCUGCAGUUAUUUUUCUUUGCUAGUAAUUGUAUGUGAGCUGUGGUCGGAGAACAUGUCCUGUUGUUGCCACAAAAUGUCAUUGUGUCAUGUUUAUAUUAUUUCUACUGGCCAUUUUACAUGUGAAGAAAAGGUGCACUUUACAGCACCUUGAAAGAGGUUCUAAAAAAAGGAACGUGAUUUUUUUAAACUGCCUCAUCCUGUUACAAGGAUGAUUAGUUUUCAUCUGUAUGUAAAUCAAUACUUUUGUACAUUGUUUGUCUUUGUGUUUUUUAUACAAUAUCCUGAACAGGUUUCUGCAAAGGCAGAAUAAUGGACUUGUCCCCUUAACAGAAAGCUCCAUAGUCCAUUCACAAUAACCGGUUAUUCCCAUCAUUGUUUUGUGGCCUACAUGACUGCCUGUCGGUCUUCCAUUCUUUCUUUUACUUGCCCUCUUGUCCUUGUCAUGUCAUUGUUCCGGUUUCAUUUUCUGUUUAAUUUGACCCCUGUUAUGAUGGUGAUCUGUUCCUGUAACAUUUGUCCAGUAUCUUGAAAUAAAGGAAAUAUUUGCAGACAGCCCUUCUAAACCUCCCCCAGCAGCUUGCAUCAGACCUCUUUAACCAUUUGUAUUUGUGCUUCACAUGAACACUUUAGUUAUUCUGUCUCCUUGGACAGUUUGGACAGUCCUUGGAGGUGUCCGCACUUUCUGUAAUGUGUUAUUGUCUGUAGGAUAUAUUUAAUUUAGUUCAGUGUUUGAUAGGCUUGCUUUUGCAUGACUUACAUUUGGAUGGUCUCGCAUUCAUGAUGUUCCAUUGCUGUUUUUUUUUUUUGGGGGGGGGGGCAUUAGAUACAAUUAUAGGUGGCUGUCACAGCCCUCCUUUACCAACUACUGGAUGAGUUACUGGGUACAGGUAUGUUUGUGUGUAAAGCUAAACGCACACUGGGACACACUUCCAUACUAUGUAAGGCGGGCAAGGAGCAGGCUGUGAUGGCCACUUUCUGUCUCACUGUCCUGUUUUCACAUGUUGGGAGAAGUGAAGCAGCCUCGUAGGAGGUUAUAUUAAGCUUUAGGAUUGUGGACUCCUUUCUGUACAAGAGAGGUGAAGAGAGUGUUUGCAGUGGCUUUGCCUUUAUGGGUGUAUGCUUUGUUGGCAGGCAGUGUGAUGUAUAAUUGUCUGUAAUAAAUGCAUGUUCUGAAAACAUUUAUAGUAUUCUCCCUCCCUCCACCUUACAGUUAGUCACUGAUAACUCUAGAAUGCAAUGAUAAUUAAGAAAACACUUCAUCAUAUGAGGUAAAAUUUGAAUUAGAUGUUAUUCAGUGUGCUCUGUUACCACUUUAAAAUGCCCAUCAUGAUAGAGUCCUCUUACAUUGAAACUUGUACAUGAUGGUGACAUGGAGGAUGAGAACAGGAGGGCGGCAGGUCUUUGUCGUCUUUGAAGGAUGCUCUGCAUCCCUUUGGUAGGAGCAAAGUUAACAGCUGUGUGUGUUUCAGUGCAGACACUGCUUGUUCUCACACACAAACAAAUUGCAGAGUGACACCAUUCUGCAUGCAUCCUAACCUGGGUUCUUUGUAUCCACUUACAGAGCAGGUCAAGCUAUUGACUUUUGUCAGCAAACACUCCUGCAUCCAGGGAGAAUUCCUGCUCCUCUGUCUGGAGGAGGCAAGCUGCUGUUAUGGUCCCUUCUUACUACUCGUGUUGGUAGGCCAGAAAUUUUUAUCAGGAUAAUUAUUUAUAUCCCAGUUGUUGUAAUAUGGCAGCAUUUUGUCUCUGCACAUUUCUUUACAAUUUACUGAUCUUCCAUGAUGCGGAUUACAUUCCCUAAAGAUAAGUUUAAUAAUAAAAAAAUGUUGUUGCUGACUUUAAUUAGCAUAUAAAUUAAUUUAUAUUAACUAAUAUUGAAAGCAGAUACUAUAACAUUAAGUCAAUAGAAGUAUCACAGCUGAUUAAAAAGAGUAUUUUUCUUUAUAGACUGAUAGCUACUUUCCUUUAUUUGCAUUUUAAGCAUUCUAAUUUACUUGAGAUAGCCCUUAUACUGUACUAUUUUGGAUCAGUGGAGGAAUUUGUAAACAAAGAGCACAAAAUUCCUUCAACACUUUUGAAAGUGCAGAUUGUAAUUUAAACAGAAAUGGCUUUAUAAGAAUGUAUCUAUGAGCUUAAAGUGUUUCUAACAGCAGAAAGAAUACUGUGCAAGGUUCCUGUCUGUGGUUUAUAUUUUUAAACACUGUAUAUAUUCCUGUCAGUAGUCUAAAUUCUGCAUUAAUAUUGCUGGUGUUUUAUAUCCCUUACAAGCUACCAGAUCAUAUCAUGCUGAAAGAAACAAACAAACAAUUCAAACUUGCUCUUAGCCCAGUGUUGGAAUUUCUUCCUACCUCUGAAACAUGCACAUAUGAAGGUCACACUAUGACAGAUGAAAUGCUUAACAGAUAUCCUUCAGUUGAUUAUCAGUAAAAAUUCUUGUGCAUGCAGUUUAUACAUGAGGAUCAAUGUGAACAUUAUAGUGCAAAGCAUUGAUGCAGUGCUGUAGAAUAUUCUGUCCGUAAAAUGUACUCAUAGUAUUUUUUUGCAGCAUAUUUCAACUAAAAGUACAUUUUUGUACUUAGAAAAUUUUACUAAAACAGCGUUUUUUUCCCCGCUUAUGUCUCAUUUCAAUUAUCUGAAUCUCUUGAUCUGACACUUAGCUAUGCGCUUAAUUGUAUAAAACUAAUGUCAAGUAACCAUGCCUGGGAUACAUAUACAGUCUGCCUUUCAGAGCGGUACAAUAGAAUAACAACAGUCUGUUUGAAUGGCGUAUUGAACUGCACUCUGACUGCAAGCAUAUGACACUGAAGAAGGUAUUCAGGAUCAUGGCAGAUGGCAUAAGCUGUUCUUAUAACUAAAGAAAAGUUGCUGAAUUUAAUGUUCAUUUUACAUCAUCUCUGUUGAUGGAGAUAGUUUGGAUAGUUGGUUUGGUCUGUAUCCCGGACAUUGAAUGCUAUGUGCAGAAAUCUUCCUUGUGUCAAUUCAAUAAAUGCUGUAUUUUGGUCCAA